GUGGGAACGGCCCCGACAGAAAAAAAAGUUGCUGGUAAAUCACCCGACAAGAAACUUGCGCGUGCCCACCUGGGAAAGCAAUCAAAACGUCUGGGCCCUAUAGAGAUGGCUUACAGUGGUCCCUGGUGAAAAUCUGCAGAUAAACCUCCCUUCCACCAUGGCAUCUUCCCUCGCCGCGCAGCUGUCGCAAAUUGCGGCCAAGUCGACCCACGAACUUGAUCUUAAAAAGCAACGGGUCUCCCAUUCACAGUCAUUAAUUUUUGACCGCAAGGUUGCCUCUACGCAAGACUUUGAUACUAUCUACGACAUAUGCUAUGAUGGAUUCAGGGAGCUCUGUUCCCUCGAUGCGCGAUUCGAGGAGUUUGGGCGCUCUAUCUUCAGCGAGCAGAGCAAGGCCGAAGAUCGAACACAAUUGAGUAGCUCCCAGAAUAAGGAGCUCGAUGCUGUGAUUGAAUCCUUCCUCGCUCUUGUUGGGGGACGAUUGCAGUUAAGCCCCGCAGUCAAGGCUGUGGACUGGUUGGUUAGACGAUUUAGGGUUCAUGAAUACAACACGGCUUGCAUCCUACUCACCUUCCUUCCUUAUCAUACAACUCCUCUCUUCCUCAACCUGCUCUCGAUCUUGCCUAAUGAUCUGACGCCCACAUUCAAAGUCCUCUACCCAUAUAAGACCGGUCUCAUCAAUCCACCCCGGCAUCCGAUUGUGCACAGCGCUACCACGAACAAAGCGUUUUUUGCUGCCCUGAAUGAAUACGUCCUCAACGCUUGUCAGAAUCAGGCUCAAAGCCAUGCUUUGCUCUCCUUCUGGGCCGGUAUCAUUACGGAGGCUGUUGCAGGCAUGUUGGAUAGCGCUCGAUCUGGUCGCAGAGAAGCCGAGAAGCAAAAACAUGAGGAUAUCCUUAUCCGGGUUCUGCCGCUUCUAAGCCGGGCUUUCGCAUUGAAGAAGGUUUCUGAGCUGAUCAUGGCUUGAUGGAGAGUGUGGUCACCUCGUGGACAGAAGAGACCCUCAAUUCCGGUCUCAUCUGCUUAUCAGUCUUGGCACAGCAGAAAUCAUCCGCCAAUCUUUCCAGGAAGGUCUUCAAGGCCAUCGUACGACUUGAGCGCCCCAUACAGCAAUUGUCCGAGGUCAAAGCUCAGUGCCAGACUUCCAAGCUUUUGCUUGGCCUUGUUGCAGGCUGUGUUAGUAAUCUUGACAAGCAAAAAGACAAUGUUCGCCUCGCACUUCUCUCGUCGAUCUUCGAGGCUACCGUGUUGCAAGGUGAUGAUAUCCAAGCCGCUAUGAGCCUCGUCCUGAAGGCGGCAAGCGACUCUGAGGAGGCCCGUGGCAUGUCUCUGGAUGUUCAAACUCAACUAGCUGAACUCGUUCAAGGCUUCAGUCGGUCUAGCUCCCUGCAGCCAAUUUUCCAGAAAACUUUGGCCGAGGCAUAUCUGAAUAUUCCUGCACUUGAGCACAAUCUGCAAACUGUGGUCGAGGCACCCGUACCACCCCCAGCUAUUGAAGAUGUGGAUAUGGAAGAUGUUGACGAUGAGAAUCUGGACAACUUCUCACCUGCCCUCGAGGCUCUGAUCAACGAGCCUCUGUUCCCAAAAUCGUUCCUCAGCAAGCAGCACAUCCCGGAGUUCGAGAACCUUGUACAAGUCUUCGCUCUGGCUGGAGAUUCGCAGGCUAGAAUCGAGCAGUUUACCAACCUCUCGAUCCUGGGCAAGAACAGCGCUUCGAAGGGUCCCCAGUUCAUCUCGUUCUUCCUUCGUGUCAUUUCCGGUCCCUUCCCCAUCGGUAUUAAGGUUGCUGCAUUGAACAUUCUCUCCUCUGUUCUUGCAUCGACAUCGGGUGAAUUCGAUGCUCAGGCGCUGCUGCCUUUCUUGAUCGUUGGCCUUGCAGAUUCAUCAGAACGCAUUCGUCGUGAAGCUGCUGGAGUUCUGGCCAUCCUUGGUUCUUUGUAUAAGAAUAACAAGAAGCUAGAUGCGUUCAAGCCCUGGGCUUCCGAUGUUAUCUAUGGCAAAGGCAAGGGAUCUACCGGUAUCCAGUGGCUACCUUCGUCCGAUGUAAACAAGGUGCUGGAACACGCCAUCCUCCCCGCUCUCGAGGAGUAUAUCCUUGAUCCCAACCAUAUUGGUAAGGUUAUCGACGCCACGCUCCGAGGAACCGUUCUCUCAGAGGGUUCGGGUGCCCAAGAGUUGAAGAAGUCUCUCCGGACAAGUCUCUUUACCUUCCUUUGCUCGCAUGUUAUCGAGAUGCCGGUCUUCUCGCCCAAGUUCACUUUGCUGCGCAUUCUCAAUAGUGUCAAGAAGGUCCCGGGUACUAGCCGCACAAAGGAGCUUCUUCCCUUGCUUGAGUAUUGGCGCGACCUCAGCCAGUCAGAGGUUGAUGAUCUUUGUGCUAAGGAGCGCCUGUCCGCCGCCGAGAGUGAAGGCCAAGUUGUCGCUAUCGUUGCUUCGAAGGACGAGGGCGCGUUUGAAACUCUCUUGUCUAAUAUCACCCCUCGUGCAAAGUCCCUUAGAACUUCGUUCGUGGUGGCCGUGUUCGAUCGAAUCAAGGACAUCUGGCCUAAGGCUUCGGAAGCGGAUCAAUUGAUCGCUGCUCAAAAGCUGCUGGACAUUUCUCUUGGCUUGUCUACCGGUGAAACCUCAACGGCAGACUAUUGUCGAGAUGUUCUGCGCAGUGUUGACCUUUCUGGGGCUAUCCUCGCAAACUUCGUGAAGAAGAUUCCUACCUCGCUCACUGACAUUGAAUCUUUGGGACCCGCCCCCAAGCGCCGACGGACAAGCCAGAAUAACAUGGUUGCUAUGACUGUUAAGGAUGAGGCGGAGUUGAGCAAACUCAUGGACAAGAUGACCUUCAUCCUUGAAGUUAUCGACAGCUCGAAUCCCGGCUCUCACCCCGAGCUGGCAGAUGGUCUCUUCCAGACCCUUGCCGCUCUCCAUCACUUCAAAUCCCAGAUCCAGUCCGGCAUGAGCUAUCUCCUGAGUUUGACUUUGGGAAGUCUUUUGGCUAUUGUUAACACGUCCAAAGGAUCUUCCAAGCCCUUGUUUGAUACCUCGGUUAUUCGUGCCGACCUGGUCGUGGAUUGUGUGCGGACCACCGACAGUCCUCAAGUCCAGAAUGCUGCUCUUUUGCUCGUGGCUGGUCUAUCUGUCAUCGCCCCGGAGCUUGUUCUCCAUAGUGUGAUGCCCAUAUUCACCUUCAUGGGUUCCAGCGUUCUUCGAAAGGACGAUGAUUACUCAGUUGCUGUCAUCGACCAGACUAUCGACCAGGUUGUUCCUGCCCUCAUCCAGUCCCUUCGUAACCAGAAGCGCGAUAUCGUAUCAGGAACCUCUGAGCUUCUGCUCAGCUUUACUGCUGCCUUUGAGCAUAUUCCAUCCCACCGCCGUCUCCGUCUCUUCCAUGCUUUGAUCACCAAGCUUGGCACACAGGACUUCUUGUUCGCUGUCCUCGCCAUGCUGGCCAACCGAUAUGCCACAGACAAGGACGUCCUUACCUUGAUGACUGGCGUUGCCUCAGAUACUACUCCAGUUGUGGAGUUGACAACUUACAGCAAGUAUCUGAACCUUGUCAUCGACGCGUUAAGGCCUAAGCCAGGAAUCUCCAAGGUCCUCCUUGGCAUUGGCAGCGACGAUGGACGCGACCCCCAGAAGGUUGCCGUCGAUCUGCUACGUGAUCUUGCUCACUUGCUCAAGCAUUCGUCCCUGAAGGCCAAGUUGGAAGCUGCAUUCGAGACCGAGAAUGAGGUUGCCGAUCAAGUCCGCGCUUGCUUCUCUCGAGUACUGGAGCAGGUCCUGGGCAUUGGCGAGUCUGUGCAGAGCAUGAAGCCUGUUAGCCAGGCUUGUGGCGAGGUUUUGGGCUCCCUUUUCGGAACCCUGUCUCUCGUUGACUUCCUGGAUACCAUUGAGGUGCUUCUCGAAGGACCCAACGAUGAUCUCCGACGCAAGGUGCUUCGGUUGCUGGAGAAUCGACUCCGCCAAACUCCUGAACGGGAUAGCGAGUCCCAGAUCCGCGUGCUCGACUUCCUGCCCACCUUGGUCACUAUCGUCAAAUCCUCUCCAGAUUCGCUGCUCAAGCAUGCCGCUGUUGCAUGCAUUGAUCGUAUCACGGAGAAGUAUGGUCGCAAGGACCCGUCAAAGGUCAUCCCUGCAGCCCAGGUUGUUGCCAGUGCAUCCUGCCUUGGCCAGGUUGAUGAACGCAUCCGAAUCAUGGGUGUCCUUUGCCUUGCCUCCAUGGCUGAGGUUCUGGGCCAAGCUAUGAUCCCUGCUCUCCCGGACGCGAUGAGCCGCUCUCUGGAGCUACUGGAGCUGAGCUUGACCCCCGACCAGGAAAACUCGCGCCUCCACGAUGCUGUCUUCUCGCUUUUCUCGGCUCUGCUUGUCAAUUUGCCAUUCAUGAUCUCAGCCGGUCACUUGGAUAAGAUUCUGCGUCUUGCAUUCAAGUCUACCGAGGCGGAUCUUCCGGAUAGCUCUGACGACAACCGUCUAGAGACUCUUCGUCUAAUGGCCUCCCGCAAGCUGGAUUUCGCCGCUACCCUUGGCGCAAUUGACCGUAACUGGCACUAUGCUGUUGAGACUGGUCCCACCGCCGUCAACGAGAUCCUGGAAGUUCUCGCACUUGCCGUUGAGAAGAACCCCAAGUCAGCAGUUGUGAAGAAUGUCAACGUUCUGUCGAAGAUCCUCUUCAACGCUUUCGACCUGCGCCGGGAGCAGGUCAGUCUCGGUGACGCAACCGACUUCGACUCCUCCGACCUUGACGAGGCUGAGAGUGCUCUGAACAAUGUCACCAUCAAGAUGAUCUACAAGCUUAAUGACAGCACCUUCCGCCCGCUCUUCAUCAAGUUCGUCGAAUGGGCAACCACCGGUUUAUCCAAGAAGGACGAGCAGGGCCAGGCCUCUCGACUCACGACUUUCUACACCUUCCUCCAGGUGUUCUUCGGCACACUCCAGUCAAUUGUCACUGGAUAUUCCAACUAUAUCCUGGAGAAUGUCGUUGAGAUUCUGGGCACGGUUGGCCCCGCCAAGACUACCAAGGCUCUUUGGCUAGCAGCUCUGCGCACACUUCGCAACUCGUUCGAACAUGAUCAAGAUGAAUUCUGGCAAUCUCCCUCGCACCUGGCCAGUAUCUCCGGACCUCUUAUUUCACAGCUUGCCCACGCAACCACUUCCAAGACUGCUGCGCUCGUUGCUGAAGAAGUCGUCCCCGCCAUUACCGAGCUGGCUGUCGCUGCCGAUUCCACCGAUAACUACAAGGAGCUCAACAUGGCCCUGAUGAGGUAUCUCCGUCCAUCGACGGCUCCCAACGCCAAGUCUGCGGGUGGUGACAACCCCUUCACUCGUCUUGCUGCCCUCAAGGCCGAGCAGGCCCUUACUGAGCAGCUCGGUGAGGAAUGGCUCGCUCUGCUUCCUGAGAUGUUGCCAUACAUCAGCGAGCUGAUGGAGGAUGAGGAUGAGACCGUCGAGAGGGAAGUCCGCAAAUGGGUGAAGCAGAUUGAAGGUGUGCUCGGGGAGCGACUUGAUGAUAUGUUGACCUAAGGUCGUUUUUUGUGUGAGACACUUGUACAAAGAUCCGCAUUUGUUUGGCGUUUUAACGUAGACCACCCUGGAAGGCUUUUUGUCUGCAUAAAAGAAUCUUAUUCAUUUACAGUUCAUCUAAGCUGCAUUGACGCUUCGUAGCUCAUCUCCUUCCUUCGUUGCUCAGUUCUCUGGGACUGGAUGGUCCUCAGCAGCAACUCCAGCAUUCCACCGAUAUUUGGAAGCCGGAUGGUCAGCCCUCGGGCCUGCUUGGCCAGGCGUUGAAUAUAAGUUCUCACGAUAAGUUCCCUUCGGCACCGCGUAAUCGUCCCAGAAGAGUCCUCGCCGGCGCAGUUCCGGGAUCAGCAGUUCAAUGAUAUCCUUGAAAGACCCGG